AUGAAGACUAGCACAGGGGGUGGUGUUGGGGGCUCCGUUGGGGGGGUGCGGCUGUUGGAUCGCGUCCAGCUUGGUGCCAUGGGCGUCGAGGGUGCGGACAAUGGCCGCGAGAGUCUUUUGGAUGUCUUGGGUAGGGUCAUCCUCAUCGCCGUCAUCCUCCUCAUCCUCCUCAUCGCCACUAUCAGACCCACCGUCCUCCAAACUCUCAGGCGCCUCCGGGCCCGGUACGUUCGCCGGCGCAAAACAUUGACAUUGGGGCCCAUGUCCGCUCAAGACCCCAUUGAUGGGAAUAGGGGUAGGACGCAAUGGUGGCUGUAG